AUUGUUGAGACUGAUUGAUAUCAGCAGCUAAGUGUUUUGCUGGUCUAUAUAAAUGCAUGAGGUAAUCUGAUUUGGUAUCAGUCAACCAAUCAGUUAACUUCAAGUUCGGCGAAAAUGAUUUACAAAGUACUUCUAUUGGCUCUUGCCUGUAGUAGCCUGGCUUCAGCGCUAACGUGUGAUAGCCUCAAAGACUUCUACAAGUGCAAUGAAAGUGACGAGAAAUUAGUUAAUAUUGGCGGGGUAGAUUAUUCAUGCAAAGACGGUUUUGUUUGCAAUGCUAAAUAUAGGGUUGUAGAAUCUCUAUGCAGCGCUUGCGUUGACAUUACCCAGGUAUGUGACAAAACUGCAUUUACAUGUGUGGACGAAAAAACUUUUAAAGUUGGCAAAUCGGAGUUUAAGUGUUUAAAUGAUGCAACCUGCAAUACAAGUUUGACGACUACCUGUAAACCUUGUAUUGAGAAAGUAUGUGAAAAAUAUUGGGAAUGUAAGGACGGAAACGUUAUUAUUGGUGGGGGCACACUUACUUGCGGUAAGGGAGAGAAGUGUAAUGAAGCGGAACACCCAACAGUGGAUGAGUGCAAACCGUGCAUUCCAGAAUAAAGACAAUUAAAUUUCAUUAUUAUGUGAAUGUGCAUGAGAAUAAAAAUUAUAAAGCAUAAGAAAAUAUUAAAAUAUUUGAAGAAUUGUGGUGCAUAUCACGAUUUCUUACAUUUUUAUUUAA